GAUGGUGAUCUACAUGCCUCCAAGUGGCGUCUCGCUGGUGACGACGCUAACUCCAGGCGACGACUCGUGCGAGGAGGAUUUGGCCCCUGGCGCUGACGUGCUGCGGUGGGGCCGCCUCCCGGGCGGGGCGAUCGGCGGGGGGCUGCGGGAUUCGCUGCCGGCGAUCGCGUAUACCGCUUUCGGCACCCUCCGCUGCCCGCUGCUGCUGGGGCCCUGCGGGAUGCCGCGGCUGCCAGGCUGGGUUUUCCCGCCCCAGGCGCCCCGGGUGGCGCCCAACCUGGGCCCGCUGGGCGGCGCUGCGGUGCCCUGGUGCCUGGAGGCGGCGCGGUCGGCGCGCCCGCCGCAGUCCCACCCGCUGGCGCAGAGGCUGCCGGCGCCUUGGCGCCGUCCGCCCCCGCGCCAGCUGUGGCAGCGGCCGCCCCGCCAGCAGCGGCUCCUCCCGCGGUCCUCGGGCCUGCCUGUGAGCUCGCCUGGCGACGCGCGGAUCCUCGGCAUCAUCACGGACGCCCUUGGCCAGCGGCACAAGGAUUUCAGAGACGCUGUGAACGGCAUGACGCAGAACACGUACCCAGAUUGGCCGUUCAGAG